CGUAGGCGGGAGAUGAUAAAAUAAUUUAAAUUUAAAAUCCCCCAAAUAUUUAAAAAAUGCGUUCAUUCUCCCGCAAGCUUCUAACCCAAAUUUCAAAUUCCCCGCUCUCUCCCAUUUUUACCCCCCAAAUCUCACCUAUAUAAAAAACCGCCCCUGCCCUUCCCUCUGUCAUCUCAUUUUCUCAUUUCUUCUUCACCCCAAAACCCUAGAAACUCCAUAGCCGAAUUCUCCGAAGAAAAAAAUAUGCCUUCGAUUCCCGAAGAGCCCCUCCUCGCCCCGAAUCCGGAUCGAUUCUGCAUGUUCCCCAUCCAGUAUCCCCAAAUCUGGGAGAUGUACAAGAAGGCCAUGGCGUCCUUCUGGACCGCCGAGGAGGUCGAUCUCUCCCAGGACGUCCGCCAGUGGGAAGCCCUCACCGCCGACGAGCAGCACUUCGUGAAGCACGUGCUUGCCUUCUUCGCCGCAUCCGAUGGAAUCGUCCUUGAGAAUCUCGCCGGACGGUUCAUGAAAGAGGUCCAGGUCGCGGAGGCGCGCGCUUUCUACGGAUUCCAGAUCGCCAUUGAGAAUAUCCACUCCGAGAUGUAUAGUCUUCUGUUGGAGACCUACAUCAAGGAUUCCGCCGAGAAGGACAGGCUUUUUCACGCGAUUGACACCAUUCCGUGUGUGGAGAAGAAGGCCAAGUGGGCCCUGCGGUGGAUCGACGGAUCUGAAUCAUUCUCCGAGCGGCUUCUGGCGUUUGCUUGUGUUGAGGGGAUCUUCUUCUCCGGAAGCUUCUGUGCCAUUUUCUGGCUCAAAAAGCGUGGGUUAAUGCCCGGAUUGGCCUUCUCAAAUGAACUGAUCUCUCGUGACGAGGGCUUGCACUGCGAUUUCGCUUGCAUGCUCUACGGAUUGCUGAAGAGGAAGCUGAGUGAGGAACGUGUGAAGGCGAUCAUUGCAGAUGCGGUUGAGAUUGAGAGAGAAUUUGUCUGUGAUGCGCUCCCUUGUGCUCUUGUAGGCAUGAAUGGGAAUCUCAUGAGCCAAUACAUAGAGUUUGUGGCCGAUAGGCUGCUGGGUGCAUUGGGUUGCAGUAAACUUUACAAUGUCCAAAACCCAUUUGAUUGGAUGGAGCUCAUCAGCUUACAGGGGAAGACCAAUUUCUUUGAGAAGAGGGUUGGAGAGUACCAGAAGGCCUCUGUCAUGUCCAGCUUGAAUGGUAAUGGAUUUGAUGCCCAUGUAUUCAAGUUGGAUGAGGAUUUCUAAUUUGUGAUUCACACCCUUUUAGUUGCUUUCUCUGUUUCUUGUAAGUUGAUGUGAUCAAGUGGAUGUAAGAAAGGUCCUAUGACACUGUUCAGGGGCUGUAAUCUUUCUUGUUUCUGUCAAAAUCUGGAUUUUAUCUGGAAUUGUUGCUUAUAUACUGUACUGUAAGUUUUAAGUAGGAUUUGAUUUUCUGAAAUAAGUUAGUGCUUUGAUCUUUCUUUCGCUUUUCCUGGCAUUUUCCAAGUUCCAAAUACAGUAGAUCUUAACAU